AACUACCUUACCAUCAUCUUCAUACGCCAGUUACUGACCUCCCAAAAAAACAAAACACAGAAUUAUUGUUGUUUUCCUGUUCAAAGCUUUUGUCCACCUUCUUCAUUUUGCUUUAAAGUUUGAAAAGUUUUCACCUUUUCGAAUAUAUGUGCAUUAAUGGCUUUACCAAAACUUGUGAGCUCUUGAUUACCAAGACCUUUUUUGUUCAUUACCCUCAACUUCUUCUUCAUCCAAAUCUGUUCCUUAGGGGUUCGGAUUGAGAAAUGAAGAAGUCCAAACUCGAAAACUCCGCCUCACAGACCCGAUUCGGCCUUGUUCACUUCCUAUCAGCUCUCCUCCUCUUCUACUUCCUCUGCAUCAGCUUCCAAUUCCCUUUCAUCUUCCGAACCGGGUCCCGGUCCGGGUCUGACGUCGGGUCCGACGCAUUGCCGAGGGUCGUCGGUAGAGAAGCAAACCGAGCUAUUAUCGCAGAAGAAGGCGACCCGCAUCGACCUUUCACGCAUCCGGGUCGAAUUAACCGGGUGGGUCACGUCCAGCUUCGCUCACCGGAGCAUAAAGUCCGAGACUUUAAAACCGUCUCCGAAAUCUUCUCCAACGAGACCUUCUUCUCCGAUGAGUUCUCCGUCUUCCACAAAACGGCGAAGCACGCGAUCUCAACCGGAAAAAAAAUGUGGACCGGGCUCGAUUCCGGUUUAAUCACCAAACCGGACGAAACCCCUCAGAAAUGUCCUGAUACGGUUUCGGUUACCGGACCCAAGUUCGUUAACCGGAGCAGGAUCAUGGUUUUGCCUUGCGGGUUAAUGCUUGGGUCCCACGUAACCGUCGUGGCGACGCCGCACUGGGCGCACGCGGAGAAAGGCGGGAAAUUUAGCGGUAAGACGGUUAUGGUGACGCAGUUCAUGAUGGAGCUGCAGGGGUUGAAGGCGGCGGAGGGGGAAGACCCGCCUCGGAUCCUCCAUUUCAACCCGAGGAUUAGAGGUGAUUGGAGCGGGAGGGCUGUGAUCGAGCAGAACACUUGUUAUCGGAUGCAGUGGGGCCCUGCUUUACGUUGCGAUGGUCGUGAGUCUAUGGAUGAUUCUGUUGAUGGAGAGGUGAGAUGUGAGAGGUGGAAGAGGGAUGAUGAUGAUGAUGAUGAGUCAAGGAAGACAUGGUGGUUGAACAGGCUUAUGGGCCAGAGGAAGGAGAUAACACAUGAUUGGCCAUACCCUUUUGAAGAAGGGAAGCUCUUUGUUCUUACACUUAGAGCUGGGAUGGAAGGUUACCACAUCAGCGUUAACGGAAGACAUAUCACAUCUUUCCCUUACAGAACCGGGUUUGUCCUAGAGGAUGCUACUGGAUUAGCAGUGAAGGGGAACAUUGAUGUGCAUUCGAUAUAUGCUUCAUCUUUACCCUCCACGAACCCUAGUUUCGCGCCGCAAAAGCAUCUUGAGAUGCAAGGCAUGUGGAAAGCUCCUGCGUUACCUGAGAAGCCUGUAGAGCUCUUCAUAGGGAUUCUCUCUGCUGGUAACCAUUUUGCAGAGAGGAUGGCUGUGAGGAAGUCAUGGAUGCAGCAAAAGCUAGUCAGAUCAUCCAAAGUUGUCGCCCGGUUCUUUGUGGCAUUGCACGCAAGAAAAGAAGUCAAUGUGGAUCUAAAGAAAGAAGCAGAGUACUUUGGUGAUAUCGUCAUAGUACCGUACAUGGAUCACUAUGACCUAGUUGUGCUCAAGACGGUUGCCAUCUGCGAAUACGGGGUUAGCACAGUGGCGGCAAAGUAUAUUAUGAAAUGUGACGAUGAUACGUUUGUGCGAGUGGAUGCUGUUAUCCAACAAGCAGAGAAGGUUAAGGGAGGAGAUAGCCUUUAUAUUGGAAACAUUAACUUCUACCACAAGCCACUGCGCAACGGGAAAUGGGCUGUGACAUACGAGGAAUGGCCAGAAGAGUAUUAUCCUCCUUAUGCAAACGGUCCCGGUUACAUCUUGUCAUAUGAUAUAGCUAAGUUCAUCGUCGACGAUUUUGAGCAGCAGAGACUAAGAUUAUUCAAGAUGGAAGAUGUGAGCAUGGGAAUGUGGGUGGAGAAGUUCAACGAGACUAGAACGGUGGCUGUUGUUCACAGCCUCAGGUUCUGCCAGUUCGGAUGCAUAGAAGACUACUUCACUGCUCAUUACCAGUCGCCAAGGCAGAUGAUUUGCAUGUGGGAUAAGCUGCGGAGACUCGGGAAGCCACAGUGCUGCAACAUGAGAUGACUUUAACAUUGUUUUUUUCUUUUAACAUGAAGCAGAUGGAAGUUAAUAGAGCUGACUGUUUUUAGAUCUUUGUAUAUAUAGAUCACUCCAUAAUGUAUCUAUAUAUAUAUAUAUAUAUAAUGCAAUGAAUGGCUCUUGAAAAGUUGACAGAAAUGUCGAUGGUGUUUCAACUUCCUGAUCAAGAUGAGGAGUUUGAAUCCUUUUUAGCUCUACUCUGUUUCAUCUACAGGCUGCCAUUUUAACUUUUUGGUCCAACAGUUAAAGUUGACUACUAUGUA